GCAUGCUGGAGCGCAGUAUGCUGUCCUGCGGUUGAUUUCAUGUUGUCAGACAGUGCCAUGCAACCGCAGUGUUCAUUGUUUUAGAUUUUAGAUUUCCUGUAAACAUUUGACGCGGCUUCCGGAUUUCAGAACUGGCUUAAGAUUGGGAGAUGUAAUUACCUGUUUAUAAUUUUAUAUUGAUAAGUAAAGAGACCAUCCCAAUUUCCCACCACUGCAAAACAAAAUCCGCGAAUAUACAGCCGGAGCAGAUGGGGCCUUCAGUGUCGUAAUUGAUUUUAUGCUUCUAAGUUUUCCAUGAGCAAACUUGAAGGUCGUUUGUGUGGAUUACGGACAUGAUCUGACCAUUAUUCCCUUUACUCUUCUGUCAGUGAUUGUAUGAGAGUUGGCUGGAUUUUUUGCUCAAAGCGGACAAGCGGAAAAUGUCGACAUCGAGUGAUUCGUGUGAUUUACAAAUCCGCGUGGAAUCCAGUAAACUGGUGCCGCUGUUCGAAGCGAUGCAGUCUAUUGGUUUCCCACUGCACAUUCUGGAACGGAUUGUGCCUAGGAUCAAGAAAGGUGCGCCGAGUGUGGGAUUCAUGAUCUACACGUACAUUUAUCGAACCUUUCAAGACAUGUUCGAGGCGAAGAAUAUCCAUUUGGACGAGCUGAUUGUCAACGAAAAAGUCAUCGAUCGGGAGAAGUUUGCUCGAUCGUUUUUCAAGGGACUGCGGGAAAUAAUUCAGCACGAACAGGCGUUACCAUUGUAUCAGUAUAUUUGUCCGGGCCAUCCACUGGCGAAAGUGGACGAAAUUGUACGCAUUACGGCGAAACUUCGCAUUUUGGAUGCCGAAACACCUGAACCGGUAAUCAGCGAGAAUGAUGCCGAUAAUCUGCAGCAACUAAAACUGGACGUGGCUGAGCGUCUGGCGCAUGCGACGGUGCGCGAUUCGUUCUCAUCGAACAAGAGUGUGUACGGGAGUACGACUGUCAGUGAGAAGUCCCAUAGUCAGGUUAUCCGGCCGGCCGGCACGCGGCCCGUCGAUAUUCCUUGGCAGGCAGUGCGCGAGACACUUGCCAGUGCCGGUAAUUCGGAUAGUGAUGAUGAGCAGAGUCCCGACGAGGGGAUUCGCAGCUGGAACACCUCAUCGCUUAAUCGCACUCCUGUUUUAUUGAAAGAUUCCCGUCCGGGAGAGUGGAAAAAGUCGCCGGCCGACCGUGGAGGAGUCGUUAUGGCGCAUAAUGCCAACGAGGAAAAUGGAAUUCAUUCCGUUCUGGAAAAAUUUGAACAAAUUGAAUCCCUGCAGAAUCUCAAGUUCCGAUCGAUUGAAGAGCGUUUAAUUCGUAUUGAGCACGAUUUGGUGGAUAACAACGCCCGUUUCGAGCGGAACAUUGGCAGCCGGCUGGAUAAUCAUGAAGUGCGAAUACAGCAUCUGGAGCGCACCGCGCCGACGCAGGGCCACUCUCUUCUGCAGGAUCACACUCGGAAGCCGUCGGUGUAUGCGGCGCCGACCGGCGACACACAGCCGCCGCCCCGGCCGCGGUCAUCAUCCAAGCAGUCCAACGACUCCGCGGCUUCCUUCCGGCAUCGAUCCAUGUCGCGCGAAUCCCAUGCCACCGGCGACCGGGUGAUGGAGCAGGGACGGUCACUGGUGCCCAGCCGGGCCAUGUCCGUUUCGCGGUCGUUUGGCGGAGAAAAGGAUCUGCGCGAUUCGGGGUUCUCUUCGACGCAUAACACUGCCGAUGCACUGCGUCAAGAUAACUGGAAUAGCAUUUACGAAAUGCGAAUGGGAAGUGCCUCACCCGCGUACGGAUCUCAACGUGAUCGCUCGCAAACCAUCGAAGCGCCGUCUGCCGCCAACGACGCCCCUUUUUCAACCUACUUCACCGCCGGCACGACAGGGCCCACACCCGAACCAACAUCGAGUCUGAGAAAAGACUCCCACACUGAACCAGAACGGAAAUCCUCGGUUUCGUCCCGUCGCGACUCUCGUGCCAGUGAAGCGGUGCGCCGAGAAUCCCAUGACAUCGACGCUAACGCUAAAGCAGCUCACGGUCCGCGUGAUUCCAUUUCCCGGAGUAGUGUAUCUCAUGAAGGUCAUCACCAUCGGGAAUCUGUUUCUCAUGGCAACCACCACCGGGAGUCGGUUUCUCAUGGCAGCAAACACCGAGAAUCGGUUUCACACGGCAACCCCCAUCGGGAAGGAGUUUUACACGACAGCCCUCAUCGGGAUUCUGUCUCACUCGACAAACACCAUCGAGAAUCUGUUUCACACGACAACCACCAUCGGGAAUCGGUUUCGCGAGGCAGCCAGCGCAAUUCCGUUUCCCACGCCGAUCGCCACCGGGAAUCGGUGUCCCGUGGCGAUCAUCAUCCACCGGCUGAUAUUCCCGUUGUCUCCAUUCCUCACCGUCUGCACCAGUCGUCAUCCACUCAUGACCUUUCCGCGCAUGCAGCUCCCGAGCGCCGGGAAAGCCGUCUGCAGCGGGCCGCGGCGGAGCAUGCGGACGACAGCCCGCGCGAGUCAUCAGCAGAUUCCCAGCGCGGUCGCAAAGGAACGCUGCCCGGACGGGCAGUUUCCGGAUCGCGGCCGGGUUCGCGAGUGGAUGUACUGCUGGAGAAUUAUGCGGAACAGCGUGAAAUAGAUGGAGAAAAACGAAAGGAAUCUCGGCACCGCUCAGUGGGUCCAAGUGGACACACGUACCGAAUGAGUUUGCCCAAAUCGGAGGACAGCGGCGACCCGCUGUUGGACCUCAACGAACGGAUACAGCUGCGAUUGCGAGAGCGCAUUAAAACUGCCGAAGACACACUCAAUGCUUGCAUCGAGACAAUUCGUCGUGACUAUGUCCUGCUGCGACGCCAUUGAAACCCCCUGCAUUCAUAGGUCACCAAAAAUUUUAAUUGAAGAAUUUCUUCGUUGUAUGCUGUCGUGUCCAAGAAUGUUCGUCCUGCCCCUUUUCACCUAUCCCUCCACAAACCGUUCCUGCAUUUGUGUUGCUCCCGAAUAAUAUGCUACUCGCAACUCGUGGUGGUUUGUAGACAUUGCUGCUGUUGGUUUGGAAUGAUUUGUGUUGCCUGAAUAAGAAUUGCUUAAGGGAUGCCUGAUUGUAAAUUCUGCCGAAUUGAUAUCAGGAAAGCGUGUGGUCGGUGUGAGACGGUUUUUUUAUCGAUUUACGUUUGCUUUGUUCGUAGUUAAUGUGUGAUUAUUUUGCCUGUUUCCGGUUUCUGACGAAACACAAGAAAGUAAACACGGGAGGUAGAUUUAGUUAGUAAAUAAAGAUCAUUCUAAACGCGGGUUUAGAAUGAAUCUUUUACGGUCUUUUACGGAUUACAUAUUUAUCAUUGUUAUAUACUUAUUUUAUCGUUGCAACUGACGGUGUUUUUCGAAUUAUAAUUAGCCCAGUUUUUAAAUUUACAUUGGUCGGGGUCUUAUAUUUAUAUGGGGAA